CAUGGUCAGAGUGAAGGAGAAAGAGCCCACAUAUCAGAUUUUUCCUUUUACGUCAGAGGUGUUUUUAAACACAUUGACCAAGUCACAGCAGACAACACAGGCAUACCAAUAUUUUUGUUUGGCCACUCAGUGGUAUGUACUGCUAUAAAAACGUUAUUGGAACUCUUCCCCUUUUUCAGUUUGGUUUUCUUUGUUUGUUUUUUGUUUUGUAUUUUUUUAAGGUAUAGAUGAUAGGUUCUCCCGUCCCCUAACCGCGUCGAUCACAGGAAUACAAGUAUAUGUCAAUUACGAUAAAGACCCCAAGCCCAUCAUACUUUGCGUUUGUUUCGUAACGUCGCGCUCUUGCCGGUUUGUUUUGAUAACAUAGAUAGCCUGUGAAUUUCAGGUUUUCUUAUUUUUAAUUCUUUUCAAGUCUGGCUUCAAUGCAGUUAAAUCACAUAUUACAAAAACACAAAUACAGUCGAACCUCCAUAUGCGACCACCUCUCGUAAACAACUACCUCUCGUAAAAGAUCGCCAUCCUUAAGCGACCGCGUUAGAGAGAUUUCCCAUUGUUUUUAACCUCCUAAAAAGCGACCCCUUAACGAUUUGUCUGAACUCUUAUGUUCACUGUAUGCUACUAGGAGUACACGAAGAACUUAAGUAACAACAUGUAACUCGGAAAAAAAUCAGUGCAGUAAAUUAUCUGCUUUAAAGUAGAUGUGCCCUGAAAUCUACUCCAAGGAAGUGUCGUAAGCGACCACCUUCUGUAAGUGACCACAAACUGUUAGCCUUUACAGUGGUCGCCUACGGGAGGUUUGACUGCGCCUUGAAAAUUUCAUGUUAUGAUAUUAUUAAUAUUAUGCAUUGUUCUUUUUAGGGUGGUACAAUAGCUGUUCUCAGUGUUAUGGAAAGACCUUAUUUCUUUGCGAGUGCAGGAGCCGAUCACGGUAAUUUAUUGCUCCACUUGCUACAAAUAAUAAACGAAAACACAAUGCAAAGACUGUUUCUCUUUUCUUAGGGUGCCGUCAAUGUAAAAACAGGAUACAGCAAACCCAAAACAGAAAAACACUACCAGAAAACAGAAAUACAAAUCCCAAAACAGAAAUAAACAUCCCAAAGCGGAAACACGUACAAAAAAAAUACGAAACUGAACCACAAAAACUGAAAGAGAAUUUAAAAAUACAAACCAUGAUCAAAAACCCCAAAACAGAAACAAGGAAAUAAUGUAAAACAGUAGUUUCUUAUGAUUCAUCGUCUUUUAAUUAUCUUAACCUGCGUAUCAGGCGGGGUUUUUUUUUUAUAGGGAGGGCAUGAUCACAGGCUAUAAUAGCCCAUUUCCGAGUUCCAAAAACUCUCGCUUUAAGAACGAGGCUAAAGGUACAGUAAAACGGGCAACAAAUUGCUGCAGAACGAGUCCGAAAGCGAUGCUGCACGUUUUAUUGUCCAUAAAUCAAACCUGUCUUGUAGCAAAUAAGAUUCAGUGUUGCAAGUUGCGUAAAUACUGACUGCUAAUUGGAUAAAAUUACGCGGGAGUCACGCCAUACACAGGAGUUACAUCACUUGCUGCAAAGCAAGUUUGCUUUGGGUCGGUAAUUAAAACGCGCAACAUCGACAGAUUUUGAUGCAAAAAGUAGAACUUUUCUCUAGUUUCUGCAACAACUUUUUCGCAACUUGUUUAAACCUGAUUUGCUGCAAGGGAGACUUCAUUCGUGGAUAGUAAAAUGCGCAACAUCACUUUUCAACUAGUUUCCCAGCAAUUUUGCAAAACAGGUUUCAAGUUUUUGUUGUCCGUUUUACCAUAGCUUUAAUGCAGAGUGAGAUAAAACAGUUUUUAGAUAUGAAAUAUUUGCAGGGGCAGCAGUAUUUUUUAUAGUCAAUUCACAUGUUGUUUAAACAUAAAUAUCUGAUUAAUUACUAGUCGAAACGGAGGGAAGGGAAUAUGAUGAGGGGGAGGGAGGGGCGAAAUUAAUACAGUAGUGAUUCUUUCAUAUACAAAAACGCAAAAAAAAAAAAACAAAACAAAACGAACUUGGCCAAUAUUCAGCUAUCUGGACCUCACGCUUGGUUAAAAGAGACCUUUAGAUUCGAGGACGAGAACUACUAGGAGUACGACUUUCGCUCUUCUCAAAAAGAAAAAUAGACACCCGGAAAGCUCCAUUGUACUUUUGAUUCACCAGAAAAGUUAGCACUGUUACUUAUUGAAGGAGUUUAAGCCCUCUCCCGACCAAAAAUAAUAAAACUUAGUUUCUAACAUUUGAUAACUUGUUUUCGUCAAAACGACAUUCUCGGCAAAACUCGUAGUAGAAUGACGACGGCUAUCACGUUUUCUCACCAAAAUUACGCUGGUUCAUGCGCGAGCACUGCUUAGCAUUAAGAAAAUCUCGUACUCGUAGUCGUCCUCGUCUUAAAAACUAAAGGUCUCAAAUAACGUAUAUAAUGCAUGUGUCUUACAGGUUUGUGUAGGAAGAAUAGUAUCAUGGAAAAUGCGCUCCUACCAGAUCAGGCCACCGAUUAAUCCAUCACUCUUAAGCCAGGAUCCUACACAGGUGAUACAAGACUACUGGGAAACUCAGCCUAGUUCACUUUCGCAAAGAGUUCUGGGAUUGUUCCUAAGGACAGAGAAAAAGAUUGGCCCAGUAACAAUCCCAGAACAAUCGCGGGUCAAAUUUCUUCUCCGAAAAAAUUCCUUUCUCGUUUCUAAAAAGGCGAAUAAUAACUGAAAACUGCUUUCUUUUCCUGAGUCAAAGGAGGAAGACUUUCGUGUGCAUUUUAUCCGCAUUUCCGACGACAAUGCCCAACAUGUUCUGUUGAUUUCUGGGGGUUGUCGAUCGAGGCUGUGUCCAGUCCCUCAAACCGAUCGCGAAACUUGACAUUUCGUACCACUGACUGGAAUAUUUUGGGCACAGGUUGAAUAAAAGUUUUUCAGUUUCAUGGUUCAUGACAAGUCCUUCGGAAUUGUGAGUCGGGAAUUGAUGUUUUCCAUCCUUCAUGAUUGUGCAAUGAACUAGUAACGCUUGGGGCCAGCGGGUUCGUCGAGGGUCAUUCUGUCCUGUUUAAUUAAUUAGCCCUAACAUUAUACCCCCGGUGGAAGUGGAGGGGGGGGCGUGGCUACUCAACAAUGUUUUAUACGGGGAGGUUCCACCCCUAGGCCUAAGUCCUUAGAGAUUUAUCGUUGAAGGAGCUCAUCGUGUUUGUUUAGGGUUGGAGCCUCCCCGUAUAAAUUUGAAUGUCACUCAAUUCUUUGCACCAUCCAUUUGAUAACCAUAAAUCUUACAGAAAGUCGAAUUUCCUUGAGUACCGGGUGUCCCUCGUGCCUUCUUGCUUUCGCGGUCGACUUGUGGCAAGUCUAGGACUUCAAUAAUACAAUGCACCUUGCAUGUUUAUUACUAUUGUUUUAGGUUGAAAAGUAUGCCAAUGAUAGCCUAAACUGGCAUGAGGGACUGAAAGUGAGAUGGGUCGGAGCUAUAUUAGACGCAAUGAACGAAAUUCAGAGGAACUUGUCAAAGCUCGCAACACCUUAUCUACUUGUCCAUGGUAAUGGAGAUCAAUUAGUGAAGAUUGACGGUUCACAUUACUUACAUGAGAAUUCCCCAGGUAACGACAAGACAUUUAAGGUACACGAAUGAGCUGCUUUACUGACAGCACUGAGCGAACUAAUAGCCUCUCUAUGGGUAUUUCCGACGAAUAGUUAGGGCGCUUGACGGUAUAUCAUAAGAGCAGGAAGAAGCGGUCUUAAAUCGGCGUUUGUUCCUGCCCGGGGUAGGAGUUUCGGCUUCUUUGUUCCAAGCGUAAUUAUUGUGAACUUAUCCCAACAACCGUCGUGAUUUGUCUAAACCCUUUUAACCCCAAGAAUAACCAAUAUCUAUUUUCUCCUAACAAUGUCAUCACAUUUCAAGGGAAAAGGCUAUGAGAAUUUAUAAAAUAAUCACCAAAGAGGAAAUUCUCGUCUCCAAACGGGUGCCUAAAGAAUAAUAUAGAGUUUUCCCUCUUCGGCCAAUUUUCUGUCCCGUUGUCAUUUUUAAAUCUACCAAUUAUUAUUUUAUAUUAACUCAACUGCUUGUAAAACUUGCUUUGCAGGUGUACAAAAAUGGACGCCAUGAACUGUUGAAUGAGGUGGAAGAAACUGCGAGCGUAGUUUACAAGGACAUUCUCGACUGGAUUCAGCAAAAGUUACCUUGA